AGGAAAUGUACAAUUCCUCACAUUCCAAAGUCAGAGUAUAGUUAGGUAUGUUAAUAGGUAGUCUCAGUGUCUGUGUCGGUAUUUGCUAGAGUGUCUAAGAGGUAUUUUUUCAAUAAAGAAUUCUGAAGAAUCAUUGAAAUCAUUGAAAAUGGCCGAUCCAGUCUCAACAUGGGCAAGUGAUAGAAAGGAAACCAUAAAGGAACUUCGACAACUUGGGGAGAACAUGAAUGAACAUGCUAAGAACGCGAAAAUUGCAAGUGCUGUUGGCGGAGGAACAAGUGUUUUUGCCGGUUUAGGUGCAGCUGCGUGUUAUGUUGCAGCACCUUUCACGUUUGGUGGAUCCCUUGUUCCUGCAGUUGCACUUACAGGAGUUGCUGUUGCUGGAGGUGUAACAUCUAUUGGCGCAAACAUGACCAAUCAUUUUAUAGAAAAAGGUUUUAUUGGAAGAGUACAGGAAGCUCUUGAUAAGGACAGAUCAUCGUUUAAUGCACUGAAGAAGGCUAUUGAUAAGGCUAAGGAGAUAUCGUUAGCAGAAGGAAUAGAGGGUGGUGUAAAUAUUGGAACGAAUAUUCCCGGUAAUCUUAAAAUUGGGACAACCGUUGCUCGUAUGCUUGUUUUGCCUGAAGAGGUCGCAGUCACUCUCUUAAGGCUUGGCCAGACUGUUCGUUUUGCUGGCUAUGCUGUUGCUAUAGUAGCUGUGCCGCUAGAUGUCUUGUUUUUUGUAAAAGAUCUAAUUGAUUUGUCAAAAGGAAAUGUUUCCAAGGCUGCUAAAAAGGUUUUGGAGCUAGCUGAUGAGUUAGAAAAAGAACUUGAAGAUAUAAUGGCUGACGCAUAAAUACAAGUGUAUGUCGAUCUUGUAUUGAAAAUAACAGUUUAUGUAACAACGAAGAUAUAAUAACACUAUCAUUAUUAAGAAAACCAAUGCUGUUUUUUAAUGAUUUUAAAAACAUUUGUGAACUAAAAAUGUUUAGAAAUAAACAUAAUGUACUUUCUAAAUUCUUUGUUGAUUUAAAUAUACUACCACUUUAAAAGUGGAAGCAUACUAUGGAAAGGUCGGUCAGGACGCCUGGGCCAACAUCUUAAACAUGUAUUUUAACACCUUCAUUCGGUCCACAAUUUUAGUUUAUAAAGAGGAAAACGGUUUAUAAAGAGGAAAACGGUUUAAAUGGUAUCUUUUACUCUACUCGUUUAUAUGGCAAAUGCAACAGAAAUAUCACAGAAACGUCCAAUGUUAUUAUUUGGUAAUAUGGCAAUAAACACUGAGAGCAGAGGCUAGGAAAAAGUGUAUUAUAAGAGCAUGUUUAUUACUUUUCAUUUGAUAGAUGGUCAGUUUUUUUCUUACCGUACAAAAAGCUACGGAACUAUAGUGUUCACGUUUAAUAAAGUAGUAUUAUUACAUUUGAACAAAUUAUAUAAACGUAGGUUAAUUGUCCAUGACGAUAUUUGUGUUAUUACAGUAAAGGCAGGUAAUAAAAAAGAAAAUUAUCCGUAAGCAUUUAGGACAUUGAUUAUAAUUAUCAAUUUUAUUCAUUUAUUUAUUUAUGUUUUGGGGUGGGGGGUUAUAUUUUGUACUUAUGAAAACUGGUUAUAUACUGUUUGUAGGUUUCUAUUUUUGCAUCAAACAUUAUUGUUGCUUAAUGUCAGAAAAUAUAAAAAUUUACAUCUAAGCCUUAGGCAUAUAUGAGUUUAUCACUCAUAAUACU